AUGGCAGACCCCAAGUAUGAAAAUCUUCCUGGGAUAGCUUAUGACCAGCCUGAUGUGUAUGAAACCGGUGAUUUGCCAGAAGCUGACCAGCAAGAACAAUUCGAGGAGGAAGAAAAUGAGUCGAUCGAACAGCUGCAUCUUUCUGUUAAAGAUUCAUUCAAUAAAUUCAAAGGCAAAUUUCUUACGGGAAACGUUGACUUUUCGGAUAGAUUGAGCAGAAAAUCUCGAAUCGGGUACAGAGCUGGCGAAUGGGAAUUAGCUGCUCAAGGAGAACCUGAAACAUCACUGGAGCGCUACAAUAGACUUCGUUGUGAGUUCUCAGAAUUGUUAGAACAGGUUGCAGUACAAGAGAACAAAGCCAGUGAAAGUGAAAAGGAAGAACACUCAAAAUUAGCAGCUCAGAUUAAUACAACUAAGAAACUUUUAGAAGAAUUGAAACUAGAAGAGGGAGAGCACAUUGAUCCUAAAGCCGAGAAACUAAAAGAGUACCUGAGUGGAAAUGGUAAAAAGAAACAUGGUGAAAUUGUGACUGCACAUUUAAAACUUAAGCCAGAGGUCAAUCUUGCACAGACAACACGGAUAGCACAAUUGGAACACAGACUACACAAAUUGGAGCAAGCAGCUGGUGUGAGAGACGAAGAAGCAUUUCGCAGACUACAGACUGCUACUGGAGAGGUAACCCUAUGUGGCGCUGCCGCAGCCCUCGCGAACCAAGCCACGUUGCUCCGGCCCGCGGACCUGGCGGCCGCUGAAGCGAGGAUCACAUCCCUCCUAACGAACGUGGAAGCCCUCAAAGCAGCUGUGAAACCAGCUGAACCAGAGGUCGAAGCAAAGGUGAAGGAAUUACACAAACUAUUGAUACAAAUAGAUGGUGUAUCACAUUCCGAAAUUUUAGAACGCAUGGAGGCGCUCGAAGCUCUACACAAUCAAGCAAGUAACUUCGGCAAAUCGUUAACAGAACUAGAAACACUGCAAAGUACCAUAGCAGGAGGUGUUCAAAACAACAAGGAACUGUUACAAGGAGUCCAAGAAGUCUUUGCACACAACAUCGACAGCUUACAAAAGGAAAUAAAGAAAUUAGACGAGAGAAUCUCUAAAUUAGCCUCGGCG